AUCCCAAAAGCAAAAAAUCAUACAGUUGUAUUGGGAACAUAGAAGAAACCGAAAAGGCUCAAACCGCUUUAAAAGGGAAGCAACUCCCAACCCCAAACCCCUCCAAUGUGUUAACUUGAGACGACGACGACGACGACGACGACGACGGACCCACAAACUAGAAGGAGUCUUUUGGUUUCAAUAAAAAUACAGUCCCAAUCUCACCAAAAAAAAACCUCUGCGAUCCCUCUCACUCAGAUCUCUCUCUCUCUCUUCUCUUCCCAAUGGAUCCCGCUUCUUCUUCUUCCUCUUCCUCUUCCACAAAUCAGCGCAACCGAAUCGUCUCUUCUUCUGGGGGUCGACCAGUUAUGGCGGAUAAUGGCCUCUCCCAGCAGGUUUCUCACGAUAAUGGAAGGAACAUUGUAUCUUCUUCUUCCGUUACUCCUCCUGCUCCGGCUCCAUAUUUCAAUGUCCUUCAAACCCCUACCAAUGUCUAUCAUUACGAUUGGGAUGUUGCAAAUACUGGUUAUGCACAAAACAUGAACAGUUGGGAUGGAUAUCCACGUUAUGCUGCUACUACCCCUGAAGGCCUGCAUGUGCCACAGAUUGUCUACAAUGACAAUUCGUCUCUUAUGUACCACCCUGGCUAUGGCUUCAACCCUUAUCCAUCUAUAAUGUUGGAGGGCCAAAUCCCAGUCUCCCCAGCUUUCUACCCACCUUUUGCUGCGCCUUCAGCUAUGCAAUAUACUCCCUCAGAUAUUGACCCAACAUCUGCUUAUAUGAUUCCUUUUGGGCAAUAUGCUGGAGGCAAUUUUACCGGCAACCAAGGGGACAACUCUUUAGCCUCCCCUAUACCUUAUCCUCAGACAAUGGGUAUACUUGGUCCAUACGACCAUAAUGCUUCACAGGUACCGUUGCAUGGGACUGGAGUUGCUUCAAGCUCAUCUAUGGGAGGCUAUUAUCAUGUAGGAUCUUACCAGAAUCCUAGCUCUAUUGCCUCGUACUAUGGAGCUGAUAAUCGAGGCAGAUUAACUUCUGACAUUGGUAAAAGGCGAGAGAAGGAGCAGGGCACUGCAUCUACCACCAAUGAUCUGUAUGGUAAUCGAGGACCACGGGCAUCAAGCCGGGUAAAGAGCAAGAACAGCUCCAAACCUUGCUCCACUCCUGGUGAUUCAACAAGUGAUUCAAGUACAGCUGGACCAAAUCCCAGUUUGUACAACCAUCCAGAAUUUGUGACAGAUUAUAAGAAUGCCAAAUUCUUUAUUGUCAAGUCAUUUAGUGAAGACAAUGUCCACAGAAGUAUCAAGUACAAUGUCUGGGCCAGCACACCGCAUGGCAACAAAAAGUUAGAUACUGCUUAUCGGGAUGCUGAGAAGAUGGGUGGAAAGUGUCCAAUCUUUCUGUUCUUUUCGGUAAAUGCUAGUGGACAAUUCUGUGGGGUGUCCGAAAUGGCCGGACCUGUUGAUUUUGAAAAGGAUGCUGGUUACUGGCAACAAGACAGGUGGAGUGGGCAGUUCCCAGUGAAAUGGCAUAUUGUGAAAGAUGUACCGAAUAACCGAUUUUGUCAUAUUCUUUUGCAAAACAAUGACAACAAGCCGGUGACACACAGCCGAGAUUCGCAGGAGGUGAAGCUACGUCAGGGUAUUGAGAUGCUCAGAAUCUUCAAAGAAUACGAGGCACAUACAUCGAUCCUCGAUGAUUUUUGCUACUAUGAUGAGAGAGAGAUGCAAAAGAUGGGAGAAGAUGGAACGACAAAAGAAGCAGGGGAAGAAGAGACCUCAGUGGAGCAGCUAUCAGAGCGUCUUCAAGUUGUCACAGUAGAAGAUGGAAAGGAGGGGGGGAAAGAAGAGUUAACAGCUGAUUGAUACAGUAAUAGUAAACAUUCUUUUUGGUAACAAUAAGCAAUUGGGAUUUGGGGUUCUAUGUUUUUCCUUUCGGGAGGGUGCAUGUAUACUAAAAAAAAAGUUGAAAGAUAAAAAGAAAAAAUCCAAUUUCUUGUAGGCUUGUAAGCAAUUAUGAUUUUUGUAGCAUUAUGUGGAAACGGCGACGUUUUCAGAUUAUGACCAAAAAAGAAAGAAAUAUUAUAUUA